UCCGUGCGCCGACAUGACAAAUUUAUAAAGCUCUUCGCUCUUUCGACAUAUUUAUUUUCAAAAUCUACGAUAAAACAUUUUGUUUUGCUUAUAUAUUUUUUAAUAUAUGUAUAAGAUACGUUCAAUUAAUUCAGUUAUACUCUUGUAAAACGCAACCAGAGCGGUGUUUUUUAAGUAAUCGUUUUCACGAAAAUGUUAGUACGUGAUCACUAAUAGAUUCGCAUUGAUUAGCCAGGUAGCUAACAUGUGAGGAACAGUUGUGUUUGUCAGUAGGGCAGUUUCUUCAUUGAUAACAGCAAGAACAAAUACGUAUCGUGUUGUUUUUCUGAGUAAAUACGUUUGUGUGUGUUGACUUUGUUUAAGAAGUUUUAGCGUUCGCAGACAAGCUGACCUCAAGUCUACAUCUUAGCAUGUCCUCUGUCAGUCUUAACAGACUUUAGACAGAUUAGAGAGAUAAACAUGUCUGCGUGUAAACGGCUUGUUUGUCUCAUCAAGCCAAGGAGCCUGUGGGCUCCCACGCGGAGGAAUGUUUCCACGUGGUCCCCGGUCGGGACUGCCUUUAACGCCAGACCUCUCAAGAGGCAGGAUUUCUUUGAGAAGACGGUGGGUUUGUUCGGAGUGCCCGAGCUCAGCUCCCCCGCGGGGUUCCAGGUCGCUGCACAGACGGCCUUGAGGAAGACGGAGAGUCUGGUGGAGAGGGCGUGCUCCUCUCCCGCAGGCGUCGGGACGGUCGAGUGUUUCGACCAGCUGUCAGAUGAGCUGUGCAAAGUGGCGGAUCUGGCAGACUUCAUCAAAGUCGCUCAUCCAGAUCCAGAGUACCGGGAGGCUGCAGAGAAGACCUGCGUAGAAAUCGGCACAGUUGUGGAGAAACUGAACACUAACGUGGAGUUAUGCCAGAGCCUGAAGAAGUUGCUGGACGACCCAAAGACUCUGGCUCAGCUGGACCCGGACACAAGACGAGUAGCAGAGUUGUUCAUGUUUGACUUUGAAAUCAGUGGAAUUCAUCUGGAUGAAAAACUGAGAAAAGAAGCCGUUGGCCUCCACGUAAAGUUGUUGGAUCUGAACAACGAGUUCCUGAUCGGUUCUCACACGCCCAACAGAAUAGCUAAAUCCGCCAUCCCACAACAUCUGCACAUGCAUUUUGGGAGUGAAGGCAGCUUCAUUCAAGUCGGGGGGCUGCACGCAGACUCACCCGAUGACUUGCUGCGAGAGAUCGCCUACAGGGUUUAUCUCUACCCCAAUGCAGACCUGAUGGACUGCCUGGAAGAGCUGCUGAAAUGCAGAUACAAGCUGGCCAAGCUGGUGGGCUACAAGUCCUACGGACACAGAGCCCUGAAGGGAACCAUGGCCAAAUCCCCAGAAACGGUCAUGAGCUUCCUUCAGCUGCUAACUGACAAGCUGUCAGACAGAACCAAAAAGGACUUUCAGAUGAUGAGAGACAUGAAGAAGAAACUCAACCCUCGUAACCCAGAGCUGAUGGCGUGGGAUCACCCUUUCCUCAGCGGCGUGCUGCGAGCUGAAAGGUUUAACAUCGAGCCCAGUCUGUACAGCCCCUACCUGUCUCUGGGGGGCUGCAUGGAGGGCCUGAACAGCCUCUUCUCCCAGCUGUAUGGCGUCUCCCUCAUGUCAGAACAUCCCAGCGCCGGAGAAGUGUGGAGCGAGGAUGUCCGCAAGCUGGCUGUGGUGCACGAGACAGAGGGACUGCUGGGACAUAUUUACUGUGACUUCUUCCAGCGAUCAGAUAAACCUCAUCAGGACUGUCACUUCACCAUCCGCGGCGGGCGCUGGUGCAAGGAGGCGGGCCGAUACCAGCUGCCGGUUGUGGUGUUGAUGCUGAGUCUGCCCCACCCCACCAAGAGCGCCCCCACCCUGCUAACUCCCGGCAUGAUGGAGAACCUCUUCCACGAGAUGGGACACGCCAUGCACUCCAUGCUGGGACGUACUCGCUACCAGCAUGUGACAGGAACCAGGUGUGCCACAGACUUUGCAGAAGUUCCUUCCAUUCUCAUGGAGUACUUUGCCACAGACUACAGGGUCCUCAGCCAGUUUGCUCGCCACUAUCAAACAGGACAGCCUCUGCCAGAGACCAUGGUGACUCGUCUGAGUGAGUCCAAAAAGGUGUGUGGAGCUGCAGACACCCAGCUACAGAUCUUCUAUGCAGUCUUGGACCAGAUUUAUCACGGCAAACCACAGAAUCGCUCCACCACAGAAAUCCUGAAGGACAUGCAGCAGAAGUUCUACGGUUUGCCGUAUACGCCCAACACGGCCUGGCAGUUGAGAUUCAGCCAUCUGAUUGGCUACGGAGCCAAGUAUUACUCGUACCUCAUGUCUCGGGCGGUGGCCUCCAUGGUGUGGAAGCAGUGCUUCAUUCAAGACCCUUUGAACAGGGACAUGGGUGAGCGCUACCGCCGGGAGAUGUUAGCCCACGGAGGAGCCAAAGAGCCCAUGUUGAUGGUAGAAGUUUGUCUGAGUGGAUUUGUAGACUUCACACCAGAACUGAGCCACCUGUGGGGCCCUCCAUCAUCCCCAACAGUCUUCAUAAAGUAUCCGAUGGGUGCGGUGGAAGAUUUCCUUCAGAAAAAUUUACAAAUUGGUCACAAUACUGACAUGUUUUGGCUCUAAGCGGCAAGUUUUCACAUGCAAAUGUGAGCUGGAUAACAAUACACAGAGAGGCGGUUCUUUCUGUUCCAUCUGCU